AUGGCGACUACCAAAUGCACUAUAAUUCGACAUGUAAAAUGUGACGAAGGCAAACCAAAAUGCAACAAAUGCAGCACUACCGGUCGUAUCUGCGAUAACUAUAAUCCAAAAGAUGAAGCCAUUGUGCUCUCACAACAUCGCGCACAAACCCGUAUUACCAUUCUUCCAGGUCUUGGUUCUACUCGCAGUAGUAAAGAACAUCGAUAUUUUGAACAAUUUCGUCAAAGAGCCAUGUAUGAAAAUGCCCAAAAUAACCACGAGAAAGCACUUGAACAUCUGGAGAACGGAUUACGGGUAUACAAUGUUUGGGCAAUGCAAGAUGUGCGUCCAGCAGUAAAGCAGGCACAAGAAAACAUUCUGGAGAUAAUCACUCGGUUUGACGUUCAAGCAACUUCGUUUUGGGAUUCUCGCAAACCAAUCUUGAUCCCCAAUAGCAAUUCCAAUGAACCCGAAUGCGGCGAUCGUUUUUCAGCUUUGCACGCCGCAAGUCUUGCACAGCAAUAUUACGAGCUCCGCGUCUUCUAUGUCCUCACAGCAGUGUCCCCAAAGAGUUCUCGCCGUGAACGAACCUCCAAUUUCGAAGCUAUGUUUCCGCACCAAACCAAACUUCUCCAUUCGUUCAAUAUCGGCAUGUUAAAUUGGAAACGCGCUUUUGAUGGUUUAUGUCAAGCCGAAGCUGCAAAAUGGAGUGCAAGUGAAAUCCAUCGAAGUCUUCUCCUACAACUACAUUACCAAUCCCUAUCUCUCGUCGUUGAUCUCCGAGCCAAUUCCCGAGUCGAAACUGAUUUAUUACCCGCGUCUGAAAAUCAACGAUUCCAAGCUAUUAUCGAUAUAUCUCGUUCGGUGAUCACGCAUGCAGCCUUGGAUUAUGGUGAUGAUUUCCUCACGGCCGAUGGAGGUGUUAUUGCACCACUGUAUUUCAUAGCUGUGUCUGCACCAAAUACUCAUCUCUAUCAACAAGCAAUCGAUCUCCUUCGCAUGGUGAAGAAAAGAGAAGGAUUUUGGCAAGCGUCGGCAGUCUUGAAGGUUGCGGAAAAGGUUGCAGAGAGGAGGAGAGAGGGCACUGGGGCUCAUUUACAUGGUGGGGUGUUGGAAUUGGCUGAUUUGGCUGAUGUUAAGUUUCGCACUGAACUCUUUCCGGAAAAUGAAGGAGAGGUAGAGGCGAGGGCGGAAUAUGUGUAUGAUACUUCAAGGGAUACUGGGUUGAGUGAAGAAAUAGCUAAGUCUAUUGCGGAAGUUAGUUGUGAAGAACAUCCCUUUAGAGAUAAUUUUGAAGAUCUACUGGAUUCGCUAGGCCUUGGUGUUGAUGGCAUAUCUGUUUUGUCGAGUUAA